UCGUGGUAUGGUUGAUUGUUUUCUCACUGUUGUAGUUGUUGCUCAUACUCUUACUGAAGUAUGGAAUAAACGUUUAAUUUGAGUUAAUCAUUGCAUCAUAGCAUAUAUGUGGGAAUGAGUCGUCCUGUCACUGGUGCAAAGUCACCCAUCCUCUUGUACAUGAGAUUUCGUUUCUGGUCGUUAUUGAAUAUCUGGAUAGACGAUGGAUGUAGCAUUGUGAAGUUGUUCUGUGUAUUUUAUAUUCGUGUGGUUACUUGCUCUCUUAAUUGUUCUCACUGGCAUUUCUUCUCGAAUUGGCUUUGUGUGCUGCUAUUGUGGCUGAGUGAUUUACUUCGUAGAAUGAAUAAACAGUCGUCAACAUUUGGUACUGCUGCUGAAAUCCAUAGACUGUUUGAACUUACCUAAUAUCGGUUAAUGAGAACGAGUGAUAGACGAAGCCUAAUGAAUAACCUCGUAGCCGAGCCAUCACAAGGUGAAACGAGGUUUUCACUGUCAGUGGUGUUGGUUGUAAUGUGCGUCUACAGGAAAUGAUGAAGUUGAUGACAGAAGAGUGUUAUGCGAAAUGAUUGGCAAUUGGUUGGCGUUUUCUGCAUUGAUAAUGAUGCUACGAUGGUACAUACUGGAUGCUUAAUGUUUGAUGCCGGUUUAACUUUAUGUCUGGGAAGUUCUGUGGUCUCUCAACGCUAUUGUACAGAUGUUGUUGAUGCAGUUUGACGUGACGAAUCAUAACAUCUCCAUAUGUAUAUGUUUUUAAAUAUAUUGUUAUUCUGAUGAUUCAAUAUUUUUUUAUUUGAACUCUGCUUAAUUGUUUCUACUGUCGCUAGAUUGAUAGAUAGAUAGGUAGGUAGGUAUGUAGUUAGGUUAGGAAGUAUAGAGGGAGAUAGAUUGAUAGAUCAUUAAUUGUCUCUCGAGUCAAAUUCAUCUUUCUAUCGAUACAGUUUGAUUGUGGUUGCUCCUUGAGUGUUGAUUGGAUUUGGUUUAUUGAGUAAGUGAGCUGCGAUUGAUUUUAGUGACAAAUUGUUUCAUAUCUAGUCUAGUAAAAGUAACCAAUCCCAUAGAUAGAAUAGUGGUUGGAGUUAUCUAAGGAAGAUAAGGUAGUUUAGGCAAAAUAAAAGAUGAGCAGAUAUGUGGGAUUCGUUUGUCAAUUUUUAUAAAAUUUCUAUUGACCUAGUUAUUUACUGAUGAUUUGUAUUAUGGGUAUUAGGUUCUCCACAUCAUAUCUAGAUGCGAAUGUUUCUCUCUAUUCUUACGUUUUUGUUAUUGUUUUUAAAGAUUCGAAUACUUGUAUCAUCUUGUUUUAUGUUUUAGAACAGAUGGGUAUCCGAGGUUUGAGCACGUACAUUGAACGUUGCUUUGGAAACCUAUGCUAUUAUGAAUUGCAUAACGAGCCUUUAGUUAUUGAUGCCGAGAACUUUGCCGCUGUCUGUUAUCGUCAAGCAGCUUUGCGAUGUGAAUUUGGUGGGGAGUAUUUGGCUUUUAAGAGUUAUGUCCAGUUAUACUUAAAAGAGUUUAGUUUGUGUCGUGUGGACCCGAUUUUUGUUUUCGAUGGAUGUCAUCCGAAAGAGGGAACAAAAUUGAAUACUUUGAUGAAGCGGAACAAGGAGUACUUUAAACAACUCUCAUCAGCCCUUCUUAAUGCUAAGUCAAGUUAUAGCACAGAGUUGAACAUUGAUAUACGUCCACGACUUUGCGAAAAUAUUCUCGUUGAAAUUCUGCGUGAAUCUUCAGUGCGAUACAUAGCAUGUGAACGUGAAGCUGAUAUCGGUGCAGCAGAACUUGCUGUUUAUCUUCAAUGUCCUGUUACUAGUAAUGAUUCUGAUUUUUAUAUUUAUCGACCAAAUGAUAAUAAUCAAGUCUAUAAUUUUAUUCCAUUUUCAACUAUUUCACGUUAUUCUAAGCAGAGAUCCGUCCCUUGUUCUACUUGUAAACUGAAUGGUGCUUCAUGUUAUUUCAUGCCGUGUGCAAUUCUUGAUAAUUCAGGACCGUUUUAUAAACUGAAAUAUCCUAUGUUACCACUUUUCGCCAUCCUCGUUGGUAAUGACAUGAUAUCAGAUAUUCGCCUUCCAACUAUCAUCCAUUCACUAAUUCAAACCUCUGAUCUAUUUAACGCGUCCUACUAUCAAAGACGUAUCGAUGCUAUAUUUAAGUGGCUGUUAGGUUUUCGUGACAUAGAAGAACCAUUGUCGUCGGUGUUGUCACUUUACAGCAAAAUCGAAAGAAAUGGUAUUGAAAAGACGAUCCGUUUGAGGAUUUCGGAUUAUCUUCUAGAUGUUUCAGGCGAAAACCUGGCUCAUGAAUUAGGAUUUUCAACUGAACACAAUAUAUCAUCAAGUGUUUCAUCGUCAAGCAAGUUGGGGAAUUCGAACAUUCAGGACCCCACAACUUGUAGGGGUUCUCACUGUGAAUUUCUUUCCAAAUUUUCUAAACCUUUAUUGAAGAGAAAUGAUGAUGAUGAAGACAGUAUAUUUCACCGUUGGCCGAAAGAAUUGAUUAGGCGAUUUAGAUUUAUUGAAUUAAUCCCAUCCAUAUUUGACCAGAUGUAUGUACGAAAUGGUGCUGUUUUACGUCUGGUAGUGGAGGACAUAAAUAUUCCUAAUUCACUUAGCGAAUGUAUAUCCAAGAUGAGAGGUAUUUUAAAUGGACUUAUAUUUGGACUUGAAAACCACUUGGGCACCAAUGGAAAGUUAUGUGGAAUGGAGAAUGAGUGUGUCACUGAGUACAGGAGAAACUUGAAUGGUGAUUUCACGAAGACUUUAAUUUCGGUGAAGCCUCUGAAACCGCCUCGUGCUGCAACGCCUGAGUUGUCGUUCUUAUCUUUUUUCUCGGAAUUUUUCAAUGUGAAUAUGGAGAAAGAUUUUAAGCCUGUUGAAAUACAAGGUUUGGCUAUUUUAUUAGUUCUAUGGUUCAGAUAUUCGUCUCAUGCUCGAAGCGAAGCUGAAAGCAUUCAGACAUCGCCUGUUGGACUUGCGUUGUCAUGUUGUACAAUCGCUAUGAAUUCGAAUAGUGAAUUUCUUUGUAGAAAUGCUGAUGCUGAUGGAGGUUUUGCCAACUCGAUUCUCACACAUCUCGAUAAGUGUGCUGAAUUGGCCAAAUCAGUUUAUUGCCAAAGAAAUCCACCUUUCUUUUCUAUCGAGAAAGUUCACCAACUUAAUGAAUUGCAAAUUAUGGCUUCUAGAUUAAAGAAUCUAGUCGCAAUGCUUGAGGUGCUUUGUCCAUUUUAUAUCUCAAAUAGUACUAAAUUUGACACUUCACCUAUUAGAAAUCCUUUCAUGAGGUUUUACCCACUUUGGAUGUUAUUUGCCAGUGGACGUCUUUUAUAUUGGAUUAGUCAACUUCUAAAAAAUAUUGAUCCAUCUGAACGUUUCGAUAAAGUCAUGAAUGAUUGGCUUCCAAAAUUGCUCAUAGGAACCAAUUCUGGACGUGAACAACAUGAUUGCGCCCAAAAAGAUCUUAGCAAACUUUUCAACCUAAUUGAUAAAUUGAACUGUUAAGAAUUAUUCAUGGUUUCUAUUAUGAACGCUAGAAUUUGUUGUUUUUGAUAGACUGUAAUUUUUAAUUUGUGUAAACAUACAUAACACUUGGAUGGUUUUAUUGUCGAAACUUUUGACUUUCAUGCAGUUGCACACCUAUUUUCUUAAUAACUAGAAUCAUUCAUAUAUUUUAAUAUACAUUUCAUUAAGUU